AUGCAAUCCGAUCGCAACCCAAAAACGACACCUAUACGAGCGGGUGAAUUGCCUUCUGAUCCAGCUUCAUCGCCUCUACGAUUUACUGAUACGGGCACCACCAGUCCUCAAGACAAUGCGCGCAUUAACUCGUUUGGUUUGCGUGGAUCCUCCGUGUCACCCAUUGCCCCUCAUUUCGCAAGCAGUGUUCAUUCCAGUCAGUCCGAUCUCCAUUUAUCGACGACGCCUGUGGUGCAUCGUUCCACUUUGGCUGUGGGUGGUGGUCCUGGUGGUCCUGGUGGUGGACCUCUUGAAUCGUUUUCUACCUAUCGGCCUCUCUUUCCCGAUAUGAGCAUGCUACGAGCCGAUUCUCGUGAAGACCGACUACGACUCUUGCGAAGUGAUGCUCAACAAAUGAAUCUCACCAAAGCAGCUAUCUUCUAUGCCGAAAAGAUCAUGGCCAUCACAGAUGAUGCAACGGAUGUCUAUUGGCUUGCUCAAGCCUAUUAUGAUUCCAAUCAAUAUGAACGUGCUCUGGAUCUCUUGAACAAGAAAAAGACGCUCAACAAAAGUGUUCAUUGUCGCUAUCUCGCUGGGCUAUGUGCUAAUGCUCUUGAAAAUUGGCGCGAUGCAUUGGAUUAUUUGGGCCCUGAAAAUCCUUUUGCGGAUAAAGACUUCAAACAUGACACUGACAUGGAAGGACGCAUCAAGUUGGAAUCCAUCAUGUGCUAUGUACGAGGCAAUGCGUAUCUACAGUUGAAGGAAAUUGAAAAGGCCAAGAAAUGUUUCAAAGAGGCACUCUCCGUGGACGCAUUAGAAGCUCUUUUCCAAUACAAUAUGCUCGAUGAAAGGGCAGAAUGGGAUUUCAUCAUGACCCUACCCUAUGACGAACAUUGUGGACAAGACGCUGAUUUAUUUCGAUCCCUUUACAUGUUGCAUUUGAAGCGGCAUUCACAUACAGAGGAACUUCAAGAAGCUCAAGCGAGGGUGGAGGAAGAUCAUCGUCUAAGUAAAAGUUUGGAUGUCAUGCACAGCACAGCAGAAGCUUUACUGGCUGAAAGCAAGUUUGAAGAGUGUGCCAAAGUAUGUGAGCAGAUAGAGCAACAAGAUGCCCUGUAUACCAAAUCCAUUCCUGCCUAUGUCACCUGUCUCUAUGAACUUGGAGAAAAGAGCAAACUCUAUGAAUUGGCGCAAGAUCUUGUGGACAAGCUCAAUGACAAUCCAAUAUCGUGGUAUGCGGUUGGCAUCUAUUACAUGUACAUUAAGCGUUAUGGCGAAGCAAGGCGCUAUUUUAGCCAAGCAACGACCAUGGAUCCUUAUUUUGAAGCAUCUUGGCUGGGUUAUGGACAUGCAUUUGCAGCAGAGAACGACCAUGAUCAAGCCAUCAAUGCCUAUCUCACAUGUAGCAAGCUGAUACCUGGCUCCCACCUUCCCUAUCUUUAUAUUGGCAUGGAGUACAUGAAGCAAAACCUGGUGGAUACAGCGCACGAAUACUACAAAAAGAGCCUGCUAAAGUGCACCACGGACCCGUAUUUGAUGAAUGAAUUCUGCACGCUUUAUUAUCGGAAAGAGGAAUAUACCAAGGCAUUGGAGUUUGCAAGGAAGGCGUUGAAAUUUGCAAGGAAUCGACAGAGUGAAAAAAGUGCCUUAUGGCCAAAGUUAUGGUCCAAUCUUGGCCACAUUUACAGGCGGAUGGGCGACUAUGAUCGUGCAUUAAGGUGCUUCAACGUCACAUUGAUCAAAGACCCACACAACGCAGACGCACACGGCGCUAUUGGUAUCAUUUAUUACUUGCAAGGCAAAUACUCUGAUGCUGUCACAAAGUACCAAGAGGCACUGCGAAACUCAAAAUCCAGCAGCUUACUUUUGCAAUUGAUUGAUCGUGCAUUGAUGCAAUCCACCAAAGAACCUAUCAUGUCGGCUAUCUAUCGAGAUCACCGUGAGACAGACGACCUAUUCGCACCACUACGAAAAACGCCUCUGGAAGAUAUCGAGCUCAAGAAGGAUUAUCUUGAAGAAGAAAUUGCUGCAUUAGACGCACAACAACAACAUCAAAUGAUGGAGGAUGGCGGAGGUGGCGGUGGUGGCGAUGCUCAUUCACCCAAGGAUACCACAACAUCGGGCAGUAUUGUAGAUGAGGAAUCUCUACUCAUUGAUGAAGGCGAUCUACGACCCAAUAUGUCUAGAGAAUGGUUAUAA